AUGGAAGAUGCCACGCACAAUCAAAUAUACGGGAAAUUGCUCGGCUUCUUUGAUACACAUCGCGAACUGGCACGCUCCGUUCGCCUCAUCAAUCACACGUUCAGCUUUUAUAUGUUUCUCAUGACCGGCACCAACAUACCCACAAUGGUAUUCUCUUUACUGGCGCUAAUCACCGUCCAGAAGCAAACACUACUGAACAUAAUUGUUGGCGCAGCUUCAGUGACGUUCAGCAGCGCGCAGCUUAUCUGCCUGACCUUGGUCCCUGCACAGCUUCAUGAAAAUAUUCGUUAUGCGGAACAAGCCAUAUUCAACUGCUGUGCUAUCUGGCAUCCUUAUAACGAAAGGGUUGGCUCAGCUUCAGAACUUAAACCCUCUAAUCUCCGAGGGAAUAACUGGUUUCGAAAACUAGCAGAGAUCUAUUCACUAGCACACGGUUUUAUCGCGCACAUUAACCAGCGAAGCUUGGGAGUGACACUCUGGGGCAUCGUUGUGGUCACCAAGCGACUGAUUUUGACGGUGAAUUUUUGCACGAUUUUUGAAAAGGAGAGCCCAAAUUAA